AACCCAACCGAGCGAGCGACCGAGGAGUCGAUUCGCCAUUGUCACUUCACUUGUCCAUUCUUCUUUUUCUUCCUCGUCCAAGGGCGACAACUUUUGACUCGUCAUCUAUUGUUGGCUACUAAUACUUUCGCAGAAGACUGAUGAAAGUUUGCGCUCGCGGCGGUCGCAGGCAGCCAUGAGUUCGUCGGAGAGUCUCCGUCCGGCCCCCGGAGGCCGCAAGCCGCUCGGCAAGCUGGCGGCCCGCCUGGAGGAGCUCAAGAGUCCGUGGAGGCAGGUGUCCUCCCUGGAGCUCAGCCACAACGAGGCCGCCCGCCUGGCCACUGACGCCCUGCUCGAGAAGGGCGAGCGCGAGUACCGCCGCGUCCUCACCGAGGAGAGGGAGCUCAGCUUCCUGUCCCAAGCCGAGAUCCGGUACGUCACGCAGUACCGGGACCCGGACAGCAACGGCAGCGCCGCGGUCACCGGGAGCGGGAGCGGGAGCGGGAGCGGUGCCGGGGCCAGCCCGGCGGCUUCGGGAGCGGAGGAGCAGCAGCAUCGCGACGCCGCCGAAAGCGACGCGGGUGAUGACGUCGCGUCCGAACUCACCUCCGGGACUUACUUCCCGACGAUGACCGACGACGAGCCGCCGGUGCUGGAGCUCGGCUGGCCGGACGCUCUGCUCAGGUACGGGCCCUCGGAAACGCAGAUCUACUUUCAGAGGGACAAGACCGUCAACGUCAAAGACCGAAUACGCUCGCUCAUCAACAAGGCGAAGAAGGUAAUUGCGCUGGUCAUGGACGAGUUCAGUGAUGUGGAUCUGCUGUGCGACCUGAUGGAAGCAUCCAGCAAACGCAAAGUUCCCGUCUACAUCCUCCUGGACCACAAAAACCUUCAACUCUUCACCGACAUGUGCUCCUCUUUGGACGUGCACAGCGUCAACAUGAGCAACAUGCGCAUACGUAGCGUGUGCGGGGACACGUACUGCGCCAAGAGCGGCAGGAAGUUCAGCGGCCAAGUCCUGGAAAAGUUCAUGAUCAUCGACUGUGAGGAGGUCAUCGCCGGAUCCUACAGCUUCACUUGGUUGUCAGCUCAGGUACACAGCAACAUGGUGAUGCACUUUUCGGGUCACAUCACUGAGAGCUUCGACCGCGAGUUCCGCUGCUUGUACGCAGACUCUCAGAUCAUCGAGUGUUUCUACAACGACGAGGACGAGGCUCUUCCUAAUUUUCCGCCAUACAAAGCGCCGCUGAUGGGGUUCACGCCGUUCAUCAAUGCCAAUCUGCUUUCAGACAGGCAGCGGCCCGGUUCCGAGAACUCCAGCAGCCAAUCUGGCAGCAGCUUGUCCAGCGUAAAGGCCGCGCACGGCCCGACCUCCAACCCAGUUUACAAGGUGACUCAAGGUCACGAUAAAGCCGACCCGCUCAGCUCUCACCUCAGUCUAGAGCGGCGCGGCGCCGAGCGGCGGGUCCAGAACCUGGCGCCGCCGCACGCCUCCGCCAACGGGGCCACCGUUCACAGUCCGCUCUUGGAGCGCCGGACUCUGGCCUACGGGCUCGAGCGGACUAAAGGCACCCCGGCCGACGUCAUCUGGUCCCACCGGGGAGCACCGGCCUCCAAGUUCCAAGCUCUGGGACUGUACGAGCACAAAGUGAAACUAUUCCAAGCCACUGCGCCGCCGCCUCUCCUCCACCGGAGCCGCAGCCCACCCCUGGGGAUUCCGGAAACCAAACUGGGCACCAAGCACAGAAGCUCGUCCAAUCAGCUCCUCCACAAACUGUCGGACUUCUUCCUACCGCCAUCCGGGAAAGACCACUUGGCCAGGUCCGCCUCGCCUCAUGGUACCAUCGCAUGGGGGGGACCCGACCUCUCCCAAACUGAGCCCGAGAGCCAACAGGCGCCCCCGCCGCCGCCCCCCCCCUUGGCACAGAUCAGCAGGCAGGACCAGAAUGUCUAUCAGGAAAAAAGCACCAGAGCGGAGCAUACCACCCAACAGGACGAAACUCUUAGCCAGGACCAGAUUACCAGACAGGACCAGAAGCGCAUGACUCUGGGCCACAGCAAGCUGGAUCUGGUCAAUCAGUACAACAAGAUGAAGUCCAAGCAGGUUUACAGUCGUUUCGAGCUCAAGAACUCCCAAUGACCUCCUGGCGACCAACCCGAGUGUCCCCGCACACCACGAACUCGUCCGGAAACCCAGGGAAGAACUUUUGGUGAAAAUAUGCUGUGAAUAUGCAUUUGAUUCUUUUCAAAAGAAUUCUCUUGGCUCUCGUGGCCUCUAAUGGUUUUCAGUUACCAGGCAGGACCAGAACAUCAAACGGGAUCAAACCACCAGAUCAAACGGGACCAGAAGCGCCGCAGCAACCUGGAUCUGGAAAUGAGGGCCAAGCAAGUUCACAGUCGAGCUCCCAGUGAAAUCCUUGUGACCUCCUAGUAACCUCUUAGGGCCUGAUUUACUAAAAGCUUGCAUGGCACAAACUGGAUUGUUCACGAACACAAUUAGAAGCUAUUCUACAGGGUCCGACACUAACGCAGGCCCCCUGGCCCGGGGCCACAACGGCGCAUACCUUACAGAUGCUGGCCCGAUCAGGCCUGUGCAAAUUUCUCAAAUAAAUACAACACAUUCUUAUCAAAAUCGCUGCCUUCUGCUGUCGCGGGUACUGUCGCGCCAGCUAGUUACGGCCUUCGUCUGGCUAGCUAGCGCGGCGCCACUCAAAGUCACGAGGCGGCGAACAAACUACACUUCUGAAAAGUAUUGUCAUCGCCAAGGGAUGACCAGACUUCAAGGAGUGUAUGCGAGUAGCGCGAUCAUCUGGGACAAUGUCGAUUGUGCAAAUGUUGCGGAUACUCCUCAGUCAGUGUGCAAGUGGGCCAGUAUCGGUCAACAACAGAUAUGCAAAUCGCGCAGCGUGGCGGUGAUGACUACAGGGAGCGCACGAGUCAAGUAUCAUUGGCCCCACAGAAAUGGGACAACAAAAAAGAUUCUAUAUUUGACUCGCCAUAAAGAUACCAAGACAUUGCAUUGAAUAAAUUCAACAUCAAAGCUGAAAUUGAAAGAAAAUUAAGCUGUCAAUAUUUUCUCAUUCAGAACUAUUAAGAGGGGCUUUUCGAAAACUUAAUUCGUAUGCGAGAGUUCAAAAUUAAUUGAACUUACAUCACUGAAAAAGGCACAAUAUUGGACCCUCAUCGACCAACCACGAUUGCGUUUGCCAAACCGCCAAAAUACAAUACAGCUCCUUUUGCGCCACGUGGGAGAAACGACUCUGUCUGCAAACAGAGUCGUUUAGCGCCCGCAAUCUGACAGGAAUUGCGAUGUUCUGUCAUUAAAAAGCGCGUCCGAGCCAUUGCAGUGUCGUGACCUUUCAGCUUGUGGAAGGAAACAUUUUGGAAACGCCAGAAACAAAUGAUUGCGCCGUAUCGUCUGUGCAGUUUUGGAGCUUGUGAAUGAUUGGAGGGCUGGCUCGUUCGCCACUCACAAGAAGGGGUCAUGCCAUGUCAC